AUGACACCGAGCCGAUUCCCUCUUUACCAAAGCUUCGACAGACAAGAGCGGGCUACCAGAGAAGUACAAGAACUUGAUGCGCCAGCUUCCUUCAAAUUAGUUAUCGGAAGCUUCCCUGAGACUUUGUUCCGAGAAGUUAGCCAUCGAUAUUAUCAAUUGGAUGAAGAUAUUUUCCCAGAUAAUCUCAAUAGUUGGAACAGUUCAUCCCUUUCUAUGCUUGAAACGGCUGCACUUGGAUUGUUGGAAUAUAUAAAGUUCUUUCCUGUGUUGUUCUUUCCAUAUUUCGGUAUCACUCUCCAAUUCCCACCACCGGAGUAUAAUCCUACCCUAGGCUCCAAACAUGCUAUCGAUAUGUCAUUUGAUAGUGUUGUGUGCGACUACAGCCAGUCUAAAAUUCGCUCGUUGCUCUACCUAACAAAUGACAUGCCACUUUGA